UCAAGCCGUUUCUUCAGUUUUCUUCGCUGUUUACACGGAAGUUACAGUUUAUUCCCAGACGGUAUAAAGUGAAAGUGAUUUAUUACAGGAUUAAAUAUAAACGCGAUGGUUAAUAUCGGUAUCCGGAAAGUCGAUGAAGCGCUCGUGGAGAAACAUCCGGGUUUGCAGCAGUACGCUGCCUGCCAGUCCCGUGCAUUUAUGAAAGGAACAGGAAGCUUCAUAAUUGGUACAAUAAGCAUGUUCUUAAUUCAGAAAGCACUACAGAAAAGGAUAAAGUAUCCGCUCCAGUGGAACCUUCUAAUAUCUAUUGUUGCUUCCUCAGUGUUCAGCUACACAGUAACACGUCGGGAGACUAUGAAAUGUACAGAGCUGUGGUUUUUAGAAAAAGGAGAAAUACCUGAUUCCAAUCCUCCUAAGGAUGAACUUCAAACCCCUGCAAUUCCCAAAGUCACUAAAUACGGAGAUGCGAUGGAAUAACUAAAAGCUUCCUGCAAUAUCAGUGAACAGUGUGUGUGUGUGUGUGUGUGUGUGUGUGUGUGUGUGUGUGUGUGUGUGUGUUUUAGGUAUUUUUAAUUCCUAAAACUAAGUGUGUAUGGUCUGUAUAUUUAAAAAAAUUAUUAAUGUGAGUGUAUGAUAAUAAAUGUAUAAACCUGGA